AAAAAAAAAAAAAUGUGUUUGUUUCAAGUGUUUGUGUGUUUGUUGGUUUACGGCGCAGUAGGAACAUCAGGAGCCGCAAAUGAAGAGAGCGCCAGCAGAGGACCCCGGAGCACUCUGGAUGGUGGUGGUGGUGGUGGUGGUGGUGGUUACUGGGUCGGGACAACACAGCCCUACUUCGCAGCGUUGCCAACUAACCUCACCAUCCUCUCUGGCAACACUGCGAGGCUCACCUGUCGCGUACACUUGCUGGGAGACAGAGCUGUAACGUGGAUGCGCCUACAAGAUUUCCAUAUUUUGACAGUAGGCCUAGUUACGUACACGGCCGAUGACAGAUUCCAGGUAACUCACACAGCGGACACAGAGGACUGGAAUCUUCACCUCCACGGGGCGACAGUAGCGGACACUGGCGCCUAUGUCUGUCAGGUGAACGCCAGGCCCAGGAUAGCCAGGCGCGUUUACCUUACUGUCACAGACAAAGCUGUGUUGGAAGGCAUUCUCACCCACCCCUCAGCCAACCAAGGGCGCCUCCACACUGCCAUCGAAGGGUCUCCUAACAGACACAUACAGACUGGGUCCUCUCUGGCUCUGACCUGCUCUGUGACUCACCCCCCCCCUGCCAGCCCACCCACGCUUCUCUGGUACAAGGGGGGGGUCCUACUGAUGCCUGACGGGGGGCGCCUAUCCCUGCAGGUGGAGCGGGAAGGGAGCCACACCACCUCACGGCUGCUCCUGCGCGCCCUUACACCAGCUGACGCGGGCGCGUACACCUGUGUGCCGGUGGGCGGGGCGGGCGUGUCCGUGGACGUGCAUGUCACUCAGGGUAAGACGGAG